AUGGUCGCUGAAAAACUGACGAUCCGCAAUAACACCGACAAGCCCUUCAUCUUAAAGCGCAUCGAACGCUUCGAGAAGCACAAGAGCGUAACCUCGUUGACCCAAAACAUAACAAACAUCACCUCAAACUUCACGCGCAUCCUGUCUAACUCGACUCGAACCAAUGAAUCCCUCGCUGUUAUUACAGAGGACUCCCGUCCUGUCGAGGACCAGAAUGACAUCGAUCUCCGCAUUGAACCCUUCGCCAUUCAGCGCACCGAGAUACGCGCCUUCAAGAGCUCUGAUACCGAGCGGAUGCGUAUUACAUUCAAAGUUGAGGGCGAAGAGCAUCAAGUCCAAGUUCCUGUACCUACUACUGAAUCGGCGACUAUGAAGGCCUUAACUGCGAACCCGAUGUCCAAUUUCACGGGCAUUUACAUCACUCCCGAGUCGUACCUGACGAUCUUUUCGUCCGCUCAUCUGAAUUCAUGGAUGGGCGAACUUCGUGAUGAUACUCUGCUCUCGGCACUUUCUAUUCCAGGCACACACAACUCGCCAACCUGCCACAUCGCCGCUCCUUCCGUGCGUUGCCAGGCGGUCAGCCCGCGCGAGCAAUUAAAGAACGGCGUGCGAUUCUUCGAUAUUCGUGUUCAGCCGGUAUAUCCAGAUGAUGCGGCCAAGGAUGAAAUGGCCCUGGUGCAUAGUGUCUUCUCCGUCUCGUUAUCUGGCAGUAAAUAUUUUCGCGACUUGGUCCAUGACAUUCAGGAAUUCCUCGACCAGAACCCGUCUGAGACGCUGAUUAUGUCAGUGAAGCGCGAGGGAACAGGCAAUGCCACAGAUGAGCAGCUUUCUCGAAUCCUGGCCCAGCACUACGCUAAUGAUCGCUGGUGGGUACGACCCAAGAUCCCCACACUGGGUGAAGCCCGCGGCAAAGUUGUUCUCAUCCGUCGGUUCGGCCUGAACGAAGCUCUUCAGAAGGAACACGGUGGGACUGGUUGGGGCAUUGAUGCUGCAUCUUGGGAGGAUAACACACCUAAUGCUACUUGCCCCAGUGGCGAGAUCUGUAUCCAGGAUUUCUAUGAAGUCCAGGAGAGUACUAAUAUCGAGAAGAAGAUCGGGUUCGUGAGGGAUCAUAUCGAUCUUGCCUGCAGGGCGCAUUAUCCGUUCGGUGUUCAGGCUAAUGCGCAGGAGACCAAGAAGUAUCCAUUUUAUAUCAACUUCUUGAGUGCUAGCAACUUCUGGAGUCCGAAUACUUGGCCUGAGAAGAUUGCGGCUAAGGUCAACCCUGCUGCCGUUGAGUAUAUAUGCCGUCGUCACAGGGAUGACGAUGGCGAUUGCUCGACGGGUAUCCUUGUCACUGAUUGGGUUGGCUUGAAUGGAGACUGGGAUCUAGUCCGCUGCAUUGUUGGCAUGAAUGCGAAAUUGCGCAUGAGAGAACUAGCCUCGGCUUAG